AUGACGUCUGCAUGAUGCGUUGCACCAGCCACAAGCUCCGCGAACGACCUCCAUUUAAGCUCUCAGUCGCGCUGCUGUAUGUUCUCUUCAUACAACGAAUUCCACUGCCAAUUCCUCCAAUUACCAAUUCAUCAACCAAACCUAAUUUCUACGUAACCCGUAAACCACCACCACUCCACACAUCACCAUGUUCCGCUCCCAGAUCGCCCGCCAGGCCCGCCUGUUCUCCACCACCCCCAUCGCCCGCAAGAGCCCCGUCGAGACCAUCAAGGACGCCGCCAAGGCCGUCGACAGGACCAUCUCGGGCGCCGCUGUCAAGGGCAUCGAGAAGGGCGAGCAGGUAGCAGAGGCCGUCAAGGAGGCGACACCCGACUCCGCCGCCGAGGCCAAGGGCCAGGCCAACGAGGCGCUCGGCGCGGCGAAGGGCAAGGCGGCGGAGCUCCAGGGCGAGGCGAGCAAGAAGGCUGGUCAGGCGCAGGGCGAGCUCAGCAAGCAGGCGGGCAAGGCCGAGGCGGAGGCCAACAGGAAGUUGUAAGAGAUUGCGUUCGUAAUGCAUUGAGGGAUGAGGUGCGGGCGACAUUUGAUAUACCGCGGGCUGGUGUCGUGGCGCCCUUGUACGAUUGAUUGACUAGCGCUAAGGCGACUUUACGAAUUUCAGACAUUUUUCGUUCAUUGUUUGAUAUGGUUGUUGCUGUGAUGUGUGUGGUAAUCACGCAGUAGGUGUGCAUCAAGGUUAUCACGGGUUCAGCAAAGCAUACGCAAAUCUUGUCUCUACCUACACCUUAUCCUACUGCAAUUACACACAUUGCUGCAGUCAUAAUUUAGUCUCGAUCAAACGAGGCUGAUAAGAAUUACAUUCAUAGGCUCAUCCGGCA